AUGUCCACAAACAAUAAAACACUUCGUCUACUAUCCUCAAAAUUAGGACUUGUAGAUGAAGAAAAAGUCUUGAGCAAAGCAGCUGAGUUGGAACGGUUACUUCAAACUAAGUCAAUAGCAGGCAGUAACAUAACUGAUACCAGUAAAUUAGUAAUAUGUUUAGACUUGGCAGCAAAUAUGAAUGGUGGUGUAGAUUUCGACAUGAAAACUGCAAUUAAAUACUCAGGUCUAAAACAGCCUACUUACAUAAAUACAAGAAAAAUAGUUGAAAAUCUACUUGAAAUAACCAGUGAUAAGUUAACAAUCGCAGCUUUAUGCUUGACAUUACAGAUCACAAAAGUACAGGCAUUAGCUGAAGAAAUCCUUGAGGAAUAUAAGAAGAAGGCAAAAAUGAAUGUGGAUUUAAACUCGCCACAGUACAUAUGUAUGGCUGUGUUUCAUGCAUGCAGGAUUAACAAAGAAAAAGUAUCUAAGUCCAAACUCAUUGAGAAAUCUCAUUUGAAACCAGGACAGUGGGCGAAAUUGAAUGCUGAAUGGUGUAAAUUUGUUGAUGAAAACUUUGCUACUGUAAAAAAGAAAAGGGGUCGCCCUGCAAAAGUACAUGUGGAAAAUGUUGACAGUGAGAAAAUGGAAGUUGAUAUGUGCUGUAAAGAAGAACCGGCUGAGCCCCAAUUGGAGCCAUAUGAAGAUUGGAAAAAGCGCAUGCUUGAAGGAGCAUACAAGGAAUUGGAAGAGUUGGAACACUUGGAAUUGAAAGAGUUAGAGAACAAAAAAAAUAUGUCUCCAAGAAGAUCACCAAGGAAAACACCUCAAAAGAGCUCUCCCUAUAAACCUGCUAAUAAAGUUAAUAGUGUCAGGAAUGGAAGUGACACGAUAGCGUUUGACGAUCCCGCUCGCCCGACCCUUGCUUAUCCUACCUCCUUGGCGUUCCUUUUUAUAUUCACGACGCUGUUGGUCGGUGUCGUGAUCAGGGCGAUACUGCUGUGGACCAAUUUCUGCCUCCCUUAUAGGGUGAUCAUGUUCUCACUUGGCGCAGUAGCGGGGUUCUGCGCAAAUCGCUAUCCGUCCUUCAAACCCUUCGUCGAGACCUGUUAUAUGGACAUAGACGUCAUUCUGCUCUGUUUUCUCCCCGCGCUGAUCUUCAGCACCUCUUACGCCGUGGACUCCCACUCCUUCUGGAAGAGUUUUCCCCAGAUUUUGCUCGUCGGCGCCUUAGGCACCCUGCUGUCUUCUUUUAUGCUAGGAGUCAUGGCAUAUUUCCUGAUAGAGCCCUCCUGGAAUUUCCCCACUGCCGUUCUGUUCGGCGUGGUGUGCGCACCCAUCUAUCCGACGGAGGUCGUAAAACAGCUGAAGGAGAUGUCCAGGGGUAAGUAUAUAAGCGUUUUGCUGCUCGGAGAGGGCUUGAUAGGGGACGCGACCGCUAUGAUAGAAUUCACAGCUGUCUUUGGAUACCUGGCCCUGGCUGUGACGGAUGCGUCGCAGGUAGCGCUUCUCCUGCUGAAGUUCGCUGGUGGCGGAAUCAUUCUGGGGAUGGUGAUGGGGAGGCUUAGCGCCGCCCUGCUCUCGGUGACGUACAACGACUUGUUGUGCGCCGUGACCGUUACCUUCGCUGGCGCCUACUUGACGUAUUACGUCGGCGAGAAGUUCCUGUACGUGUCUGGCUUACUGGGCACGGUCAUAGCGGGCGUCACAGUCAGCGGCAGGAAGUCGACCAUCGCCGGCGACGUGGAGCAAGUGGUGUCCCACUUCUGGGGCAUAUUAUCGCACGCGGCGAACACUUUGGUCUUCACAAUGGUCGGCAUCGUCAUCUUUGACCGGGUCAGCUACAUUAUGAGCGCUCGGCAGCUCUCGCUGGUCUUCGUGACGUACACCACGGUGUUCUGCUCGAGGCUGAUGGUGUAUUCGGCGAUGACCCCGAUCCUUAGGCACGUUGGGUACGGGAUGUCGUGGCAGCACUCGAUGGCUCUCGUGUGGGGCGGGCUGAGGGGGCCCCUGUCGCUGUUCCUGGCGCUGGUGGUGCUGCAAACGCAGGGGGUGGCCGACGCUGGCGAGAUAUUUAUAGUGCAGGCGGCGGGACUGGUGCUUUUAUCCCUGCUUAUUAACGCCACGACGUUGGGAAAAGUUCUCAAGAUGCUGGGUCUCGCUGACAUAUCUCUCGCGAAGAAGGCCAACAUGACGAACUGCGUUAAACGCAUCAUGUUGACGCGCGACCGGUGCAUUUCCAUGCUGAAGAUGGACAAGUUCCUGGCCGACGCCAAUUGGGACCUUGUGGAAGCAGGUACCACAAUCAAACACCCGUACCAAAUCCAAAUGUCGAAGCGCGACGACGACUCUGAGGACGACACUUACAUGGGCUACCAUUACACGACCUGUCCCGACUGCGAGCGGGAAAUACCCAAUGAGCCAACGAAGAAGGAAUACGCCGAGAUGUUGAGGGAAGCCAAUCAGCGCGUCCUCAAAGCGAUGAAAAUAUCCUACUGGCGGCAGUACGAACACGGGAAACUGAGUAAAGAUGGAGUCAGGACCCUGGUACAAGCGGUCGAGGUGGCCGCCGACUCUGACGACGGUCGAGUCAAUUUGGAAAUGUUGGGCACAUUGUGGAAACCCAAGGCGCACGCGGUGUGGCUACGCCGCAAGCUGGUCAAGAUGAUGACGCCCGAAGCGGCAACGGUCCAAAUGCCGCACAACCGCUGGCGCCGGCUCGCCUACCGGCUGGUCUGCAACGCGUGGUUCGACGGGUUCAUAUACGUGAUGAUACUUUGCAACACGCCCAUCAUACUGUGCGAAGUCGCCAUGAGGGAUCCCUCGCACGCCGCCACAUACGCGAUCAAGUCUCUGAACUUAUUUUUCUAUACAAUUUACGUCCUAGAGAUGAUUGUAAAGAUGAUGGCGUUAGGAAUACACGGUUACUUCAAAUCGCACUGGAAUAAAUUGGACUUUCUAAUUAUAGUGAUGGCUACGGGAGAUUUGGUGUUGGACAUACUGGACGCACUGACGUCGUGGAACAAAUGGACCAACCUCAAUUCUAGCGUCCUCACCGCCACGAAGCUGCUGCGAACUUUGCGUUUCCUUCGCCUGUGCAAGUUGGCGAGGGUAUCGGUGCCAAAGAUAAUGGCCUACAUUGACAGGAUGAUCGACAUUCAGCUGGCUUUCGGAUAUGAUGUCGGUAAGGGUUUUGUGACAGCCGAACAAGAGGUAUGCAACUUGCUGCCUCAAUUGGUGGACAAUCUUCAAAUUCAAGAGACACUCGACAAUAGGUUAGAGGCGGACAGACUGACUGUCACCCGUCAACUGGGCUUACUUCAGCGCGAUAGACCAUGGACCGCGAUCACGGUGAAGACUCGCCAGGCGACAACCUCCACAUUGAACAUUAUGAUCUUGGAUACCAUGCAGCUGAAGGAAGAAGGUUUUCUGGAUGAAAUGGAGUACCGAUUGUUGCUGAACGCGAUACAAGACAAAGUGCAGAUGUGCCGCCAUAAGGGAAGUCUAGUUGCACCUUCCACUCCAGAGGGCAACGAGAGGGUGGCGGACUUCUUUAUAGAAAACUCUGAAAUAUUAAAUUACAAUUACAACGACAUCCUCGUGUCACGAGGUGAUGAGCCCAAAGGCCUGUACAUUUUGGUGUCGGGCCUCCUAGAAGCCUCCUACGUGCCCCCCGAGGGUAACUUCGAUGAGGCCAUCCCCAACUAUGAGUUUCUCACAGACCUGAAGUUUACCGAACCCAGCCAAGACUACAUUGUUUCUGGAAACGCAAUUGGUGUGUUAGGAGUGCUCACGAACCGCCCGUACAGUUACACAGUGCGCUGUGACACAGCGGUCCAGGCGUACUACAUCAAGAUGCCCAUAAUAAAAGAGGCCUUCAACCUGGCUCCACAUCCUAUUAUGGGUCUUGAGGCUGCGAUGUGGCGCGAGAUUGGCAUAAAGUUGUCGAUGAUGGUGCUGCCAAACGUGCCAGCAUACCACGGCUGGUCCGUGGAGAAACUCAGCAUGAGGCUAGAACACGCUUUCGUUCCUUGCCUAAAGGCAUUCAAGGUGUUCGUAGUCAACGAAUUGAUGGAAGACAUAGUCCUCAUCGAUGGCAUUUGCCAGGAUUUGGCUACGAGGGAGGUGUUCCAACCGCCUUGCUAUAUACCAAGGACAGCGCAUAGACUGCUAUUUCCCAAGUCCUCACAGUUAACUGUAUCCGGGACCUGCCCAGAAACCAAGCUUCUCAUAGUACCGGCGAAAGACACUGACGACUUGGACAUAAUGGAGGACGAAAUCGACGAUGUGCAGUGCGAGCUGGUGUCGAACGCGUCGUCGCGCUGCCUGUACCACAGGGUCGCUCGCCGCUUGUCCAGCGAGUCGCGCGCGGCCUCUGUUAGGCGCGGCCGUCCAAAGCGGCGGCGACAGCCGGCGCGACGCGUCAACUACCGCGAGUCGGUGUGGGGGAAACAGAUCUCAAUGGUGCCUGGGAGUGAAAGAGACCUGAAUCCUAAGUACUACAAACCUAGUAUGGAUGAUUUGCCGGAGAAACUGAAGGCUAGCAAAGAUGAUGUUAGAACUGCGGACACGGUAGUAUCGCUGUCAUAUUCCCCCUCCCAGUCCACGUCUAAUCAACGCAUGGAGUCCGAACAAGAGAUAUAUACAACUUCGCUUUCAAGGGGGCGGAGGCUGACCGGCGAAAAAAAAAAU